GUAGAAUGUAUUUUCAAGUCUAUCGUUUUGUGGCUGGCUGUGUUGAGCUACCGUCUGUUUUAAUUUGUAAUGUCAGUCACACUUGAUAUACCUUAGUUAACGACUUGAAAGUAAAUUGUAAAUUAUUUCUAUUUAUUUUACGUACUUAUUGUAACUUAGUUCGGUUUUUGGUGGACACUUAGCAGAAAUGGAUAGUGAAAUACUGCAAGUGGGCUCAAGUAUCAACAUUAAAAGAACUGAUGGACGUGUACAUACAGCCAUCGUGGCCGCUAUCAAUGAUGAUUUGCGAUGCGCCACGGUGGAGUGGUAUGAACAAGGUGAAACAAAAGGUAAAGAGGUUGACUUAGCCACCAUACAGUCUCUCAACCCGGAUAUCGUCAUCAUGAAGCCAGGGGAACCAGAGAAGACUAUUGCCCCACCACCAGAGUUUAACAAAUUACAAAGGAAUUCCACAAACCAAUCUAUAGCGAGUGUGAGAGUCGGCAAUGGUGCAGCACCGAGAGCGGUACAUCCGACAGCUUUGGGGAUCAUCGCAACACAUAACGGGCAUACAAUUUCGACAUUUGAAUCCAAAGAAAGCAGUAUACCGACCUACCGAAGCAAUGCUAGCCUACUUCAGGCUACACCGGCAACACGAAGUCAUCCUCAGAAUACUAGGAGGACAAAUGUCGUUAAAGAAGUAGAAAAAUUGAAAAAGAACAGAGAAGAAAGGCGGCAAAAACAAGCUGAAGAAAAGGCAGAAAAAGAGGCGUUUUUGCAAAUGGCUCCGGGCAAUCCACACUGGGAACUCCUCAACAUGAUUAUGGAGUAUCGACGUCAACUGGACAUAAAGCCGUUAACCGAAAACGACGCCAUAGAAGAUCAUCUGAUCACGGUUUGUGUUAGGAAAAGGCCUUUGAACAAAAAAGAAGUACAGCGAAAGGAAGUAGAUGUGAUAACCAUACCAAGCAAAAAUCAGCUUAUCGUACACGAACCCAAAAACAAGGUGGAUCUUACUAAAUAUCUGGAGAAUCAGCUAUUUAGAUUCGAUUACGCUUUUGAUGAAACAUGCUCAAACGAACUGGUGUACAGGUAUACCGCACAACCUUUAAUCAAGACAAUAUUCGAAGGUGGUUUUGCCACUUGCUUUGCGUACGGGCAAACUGGGUCGGGCAAAACUCACACUAUGGGUGGUGAUUUCAACGGGAAGGUCCAAGAAUGUGGAAAAGGCAUUUACGCAAUGGCGGCGGGUGAUGUUUUCCAAUUAGUUAACUCGCCCAAGUAUCGAAAACUGAAUUUGGUCGUAUCGGCAAGCUUUUUUGAAAUAUAUUCUGGAAAAGUAUUCGAUCUGCUCAAUAACAAGGCUAAGCUUAGGAUACUCGAAGAUGGCAAACAGCAGGUUCAAGUCGUCGGAUUGGUUGAAAAGGUUGUCUGCAGCACAGAUGAGGUACUCAAACUGAUCCAAAAGGGAAAUCAAGCACGUACAUCAGGUCAAACGUUUGCGAAUCAAAAUUCUUCGAGGUCUCACGCAGUAUUUCAGAUAUUUCUGAGGGCACAAAACAGUAUGUCGAAGAUACACGGAAAGUUCUCACUGAUCGACUUGGCAGGAAAUGAACGAGGAGCAGAUACUUCUUCAGCUAAUAGACAAACCAGAAUGGAAGGUGCUGAAAUAAACAAAUCCCUGUUAGCGUUGAAAGAGUGCAUUCGCGCGUUAGGUCGCAAGGGUGCUCACCUGCCUUUCAGAGUGAGCAAGUUAACGCAAGUUCUCAGAGAUUCGUUCGUGGGAUCGAACUCGCGCACCUGUAUGAUCGCGAUGAUAUCGCCAGGUGUGAACAGUUGUGAACACAGUUUGAACACGCUCAGGUACGCUGAUAGAGUGAAAGAGUUGGGAGGAGGUGAUCUGCAGACUGCUGGAGGAACAGAAACUGAAGAAGAAGAUUUGAAACUGUUAGUUUCUAAUGAGAACGAUAUGACGCCCGAAAUGAUCAACUUGCACCAGUGUAUAUCAGAAUUAGAAGUAGCUGAAGAAAAUAUGUUAGAUAAUCAUAAGCAGACGCUAGAGGAAGUGGAAGCACUACGUCGAAACAUAAUCGAUUUAUUAGUUACUGCCGAUCAAGUUGACUAUGAUCAAGAAGCAUACUGCAGAAGCUGGGAGGAACUCAUCAACAACUCGUUAACUUUCCUAGUGAAAGCGCAAGAGAUUAUUGAAGACUACAAGCAAAAAAUGGCAGCUGAAGAACAACUAAGUCGCAAAACCACCAGACGAAAGUAAUCGCGCCCGGUAUCUAACAUUUAGUGGAUAGUGAUUAAAAACUUUUAAGAUACGGAUAUUAAUAUGAAAAUUUUGUGCAAAUACAGAGGAGGGCUCUAAGUUUAUUUCGUACUAGAUGAAGGGUCCCGAUUUCAUUGCUAGAUUAUGAAAUAAAUAAGAGGCUUUCAAGUAUUUUUAUAUUAUUAUUAUUAUCAUACGUAGAACGUAAUGAAUUGAAACGAAUAUUAUUGUAGGUAAAAUUAUGAUGACGUCGACUGCUGGAUGCUGAAUACUUCCGGGAAAUUCCGGUUCCACGCGACCCGGACUUUCCGGGAAAUAUGAAUCGGAACGAAGAAACGGAAAUCCAAAACCUUGGCCCGAUCUUUUUAACCUUCCGGGGCUCGUCAAAAUGAACCUUUUUAUUAAAAUAUGAAUCAUCGCUUUCUACUGACUAGCUAACUGCUUUACCAAGACUGAUUCAUGGCUAAGGAUAUUGUUUCUUAUAACGAAUAAAAUAAAUCAAACGGCGUUUUCACUAAGACUUAAACCAAAUAGGCCAACAUUUUGAUACUGAAUUAAAAUAACCAGCAGUCUUUAACUUUUUUCCAACACCAAUACUAAAUUGACACUAGCGCCCAAAAAACGUCGGGUGUCUCGGUUUCUUUCACAGCAAAAUCACAAAAUUUUCAGUGGUUUAUAAUGUACCAGUUCUUCAUUUCCUAAUUAGUCGUGCUUACUAAAAACGUAUAUGUCCUUCUAUUUUUCAUACUAUGGUUUUGCGAUGCUAUAAAACAGAUUAUUUAUUGACAUAAACCUUCAUUUUGAAAGAUAUAAUUACACUUUCUGAUAAUAAUCACAUGGACCUUUGUCUGCUUAGAACAGGAGAUUCUUAAAACGUAAUAUCGCUGCCCUAGAAUUACAUAGUCUUAUGUUACAAUUAUUCGAACUCGAGAAAAUCAAUAUUAAAGAAAUUGAGGUUUAUAUCUACUUAAAUUUGAACAUCUUUUGGUUCUUACUGUGAUUUUUACAUCUUUGUAAGUAAAAGGUACAUGGUAUAUAAAGGAAGUCGUCACACUUUUUUUUAUUGGUCUUUAUUUUAGAUAAACAAAAAUACAUAGGACUCCGUUACUGUCAAAUAAGUUUAAAAAUUAAGGAUAUUGGCAAACAUAGGACUUCAAAACUUGAAAUUAAAUAAAAAUAACCCAAAUUCUUAAAGUUAAGACAAAACAAACUAAAACUUAGUUAAUACAAGGGAGUAUCAAAUCCAUCAAAUACUUAUACUCGAAAUCUUAUUUUUUAUUUUUAUCUAAUCUACUAAAAACAGUUUCAUAGAAAGUCACAUCAUUUUUUGGCAUCCACUUGAACAUUGAUUUUAUUGCAUCUACUUUGUGUUGUGCAAGUACCACUGCAUAAUCAUUUUUCCUCAGUAUUUCGGGAAAUAAUAUAUCGCCACUUUCUGCAGUGACGUGGGAUUGACGUCGGCCAAUUCUUUGUCUUAAAUUCAAAGAUCUAUAUUCAGCCUCAGAAAAAGAGAGCCGAUACCUUAUCUCGUAGAACGAUUUGUUAAAUUCUAAGGCUACCACCUUUGAAAAUGGGACAGACUUAUAAUUCAUUUUAACCGAAUAGUAAUUAAAAUCAAAAAAAUCCUGUUCUCUCAUUUGAAGAAUGUUAUAAGGUUUUUUAGAAUUCACCUUUAAAAGGAUCCGAAUCAAAGAAAUGGGAGACGAGUAUUCAGAUUUACGCAGAGUGCGCUCAAUUGCGCUAUGCACGGAAUCGACUUCCUGGAUGCAUGAGUGCCCUGGUACGGAAAAUUUCAUUGUUAUUUUCUUUAAGCUCGAACUGACUUGUAAAAGAUGGGCAAUAGCAUAACUCAUUAAGCUGUUCCGAUUUUGUGGGACGCAGCUAUCGCUCCACAAAAUCAGCUCAUCCAAUAGAGGACAAUCUUCUGUAACCCUUCUUAGAAUUUUGUAGACAGCGCUUGCGAUGUCAUUACCAGCACGACUAUGAACAGCUUCUGACCAAACUGCACAAUAAACUUUUCGGUCAAUUGAAAGAUGUGCGGUCAUGUUGUAAACAUUAAGCUUAGCCUUGUAAAAAAAAUUCUUUACUCCUCCCUUUGGGCAAGUUAGAACAUUUUCUAGGUCAAAAUUCAGAAUUGGUAUGCCACUUUCUUUGUCUGCUUUCUUUUCUUCUCUCAUAAGGUUCUUUUCUUUAAUAUGUCUCUCAAAUUCAUAUCUCUUUUCAUCAGUAAGGUUAUUUUCUUUUUUCUUUAAAUCUACCUCGGCACAAAGAUCACAUAAAUCUUUUACUGGCUUAAUAAAAGAGUAAUUGAACUCUGUACAGAAAAUUUCACGGUAUUUGUGAAAUUUUACAGGGCUUAAACCCUUUUCUGCUACAAAUUCUUCAUAGAGCUCAUACAUUUUCUUAAUUGAUAGUUCACCUUCUAGGUAUUGCCUUUUUGUUUCUGCGCGACAAUAAUGGCUCCCUACGACAGGAAACAUUUUGAUAUGCUCUUUCACUAAACUUAUAGUCUCUUCUGGAAUAUACUUCUUCUUAUGCUUUCCCUGUGUGCUUUUUUUGAGUGUGUGGGAAUUCGUUGCAUGGUUAUGGACGGUAUAUAUAGGUUUUUGGCUUAUAGCCUUUGUUCCACAAUAAAAGUCUUUACAGACCUGUAGUCUGUUGUUAUUUAAUAUGAAAAAAUAUCCAUAACUAUUCAUUUUUCGUGAGUUAUCGGAGUUUUUUCCCUUUCUCCUUCUUUCAACCUUACACUUUAUAGUCGUAUUUAGGAUAAACAUUCUCUUCUCGUUUGCGUCUAACUUAUAAUAGUUUGAAAAAAUAUCUUUCCUAUCAUCUUCAGUUAGUUUUGUAGCACAUUUAAAGUGGCAUCUAUUUAAACAAUCUUUUUUUGUUACAAUUUUUCUAGCUGGACGAAGUUUUUUUCUUGAUGACACGUACUCCAUUCCUCUAUCAUAUUUUUCCUUUCGAAUAUUGUGUGCCCAGGAUUUUGGGUCCCUAGUUCUUUUACGUGAAAGCUUCUUUUCGGUUUGGUGCUCUACUAAAUCCUCAGACUCAAUGGGGUGUUCUACAGGGCUUUCGACAUGGCGACCCAUGGGGCGCUCUACGGAAGGCUCCACGGAUGCUUCCUUGGGAUAUUCGUCGGGAUGUUCUAGGCAGUGUUCCAGGAAACAUACCAUAGUGUGUUCCACGGGAUGUUCUGCGAGAAGUCCUAGAGAAUGUUCCACGGGUUGUUUCAUAGAGCUUUUCAUGGUAUGUUUAUUCUGUUCUUCUCCAAAUGUGCUCUUGUUCUCUUUGUCAGAUGUGUUUCCAACUUUUCUAAAACAAAAAAAAGAUAAUCCAUUUUUAAAUGGCAUGGUUUAUAGUCGAGACACUACAACAGCACAAAGAGCUUACACUUUAAAGACUACGACACUAUAAAAUUAGGCCCAUGUUAAAAUACCACACGGUGUGGCUCUUUAGUAAUAAAUUUAAAGUACCACAUGUGGUUAGGGGGUUAGGCUAUCAAACAAUGGCUGUGGCAUACUGCAGUGAACCUAAUCAAACAUCAAAUACCACAGCGCAAUUCAAGUGCAGGAACUCGACAUCAAUCAUUUGAGCCGUUGUUGAAACGAAACGUUUGAAAAUCAUAUGCAGCCACUAUAUGUGACACUUUAAAUUUAUUACUAAAAAGCCACAUCGUGUUCAACUACGACCAUAAAAUAAGCAAGAAUUUGUACAUACGUCGUGAAUAUUUUUCGUGUGCCAAUACCCUUAUUAUUAGAAGCUGAGUCUGAGUCUGCUGUUCCUGGUUGGCAUGGUAUAUAAAUUUUCUUGCCCCGUAUUGUAAUGCUGAAAAAUAUUCGAAUACAAAAAAUUCAUAGAAUUGUAGAUAAGAUUUAUACCUUACACUUACCUAAUAUGUUUUCUGGAUUCCUUUUUAUGUGGUUUAUAUUCUGCAUCUUUGUCAGAGUCAUAAUCAUCAAAAGUAUCGGAUCCCUCACUAUUAGUUUCCAUUUUUAACAAUAAGAAAAUACAAAAAUACACACGAAGUUACACUGCAGCAACACAAAUAACACUGAAAACUUGUGCUGAAAACCCUAACCUAUAAAUACAAAAUGAGAAUAAUUCAGAACUACAAGGGUGUAUGUUAUAACAUGGUACCUUGUUAUUCUUAAAUAUCGAAACAAUUAACCAAAAGUGAGAAUUAAGUGGGUGUAUGUUCAACAUAGAACUAUGUAACUUAAUUUUCGAAUUUUUGAAACAUACACCUUUGAUUUUUCUAUGAUUCUGAGCUUAAGAUUCGCUUGAUUUCAGAUUUAAAAGGUUCUGUGUAUACCUUAUUAUACAUAGAACCAUGUUAUCCCAAAAUCUCAAAUUUUAUAGAUUUGUUACAUACACCUUUGUAAUACUAGGGCAGCGAUAUGUUAAACUUUUUCAAUUGUAGCAUUUCUGGCUCCAAGAGAUCGCAUCUCAAGUAAUGUAUAGCCUGCAAAGAUGUCAUAAAUAGCACAGCCUAAAUUUCAAUAAAAGGAUAAUAGAAAGAAAGUAAAAAAGAAAUGCAAGCUAAUAUCUUGUUUUUGAAGCACAUUCAACGGAAUGUGUAUAUUUGGUAGAGAUUUUUUCAUAAGCACGAUUGAUUAGUAAAUGAAGAACUGGUACAUUACAAACCAUUGGAAAUUUUGUUAUUUUGCUGGGAAAGGGACCGAGAAAUUCGACAUUCUCGGCGCUCUAGUGUCAAGUUCAGUAUUGGUGUUGAAAAAAAGUUAAAAUAGACUGCUGAUUAUUCUAAUUAGUAUCAAAAUGUUGGCCUAUUUGGUUUAAGUUUAAGUGAAAACGCCAUUUAAUUUCACCUAUUCAUUAUAAGAAACAAUAUCCUUAGCAUUGAAUGAGUCUUAAAUAGACUUAUUAGCAGUGACCCCUCCAAAAUAGGCCGUAAAAAGCGGUUGGAGUUGAAUUCAUAUUUUAAGAAAAAGGUUUAUUUUGACUUAGAGCCCCGGAAUGAUGAAAAGAUCGGCCAAGGUUUUGGAGUCCCGGUCCUUCGAACCGAUUUAUAUUUCCCGGAAAUUCCGGGUCAUGUGGAACGGGGAUUUCCCGGAACUAUUCAGCAUACAGUGUCCCAGAAGUCGACGUCAAGCCGGAAACGGGGGAUAGGCCAAGUCAUAAUAGUUAUCUGAAUAUAAAAAAAAUCGUGUAGACAUGGUGACAUUACACAAGCAUGAAUAUUAAUAAAAGUGGGUUACUAUCUGUCUGUCACUAUUAGUGAUGCGCGAUAUUGUGAUUUUGAAAUCAUGUCGUGAUUCGUGAUUGUGAUUGUUCAGUAGCAGUGAUUCUAAACUGUGAUUCAAUCACGACUUUCGUAAUGUUAUAAUAGCAAUAGCACUAAUAACAGUUUAAGUACUUUAAGUUCCUUGGGAGAACAUAGCGUUUGUAACAUUAUUAAAAUGUGUCUAUACUUUACAAUCAAUUAUUACUAUAUGAAAAAAUGCUACCAUUGCUAAACAAUAAACAUGACUGAUAAAUAUAUUAACAUAUUUUAUUAACGCCAUUGCAAAAAAUAUAAACUUAAAACUUGAAUAUAACAAUAACUGCAGUAAAAAAAUAAAAAUAAAAUAGAUAAAUCAAAUAACGAAAUAACGUAUGGCAAAUUUGAGUCUAUGUUCAUAAAUGCUUAUUUUUUAUUAGCAUUUAGAAAUAGCAACAUUUGCACCUUUUUAUCGGACAGACGAUUCCUCCUUUCAGUUAAAAUUUGCCCCGCCUUGGAAAAUAAACGUUCGCAUGGAACUGAUGAUGCCAGGGCACAUAAUCUUUCUUGGGCUAUUUCGGAAAGAGUAGGUAACAUUUGCUUAUGCUGUUUCCACCAAAGUAGGGUAUCGCUUUGUCGAGGUGUAAUAUUUUCUUCCAUGUAUCUUUGCAUCUCUAUAAUUGCUCGCGAGGUCGAUGUUCCUUUAGGUUGAGAGGUCGCAACUUUUUUGUCAUAAUCUACCCAAAUUGACAACUCCUUAUCUGCUUGAUCAUCUUCACUCGGCUCUACUACAUUCACUUGAAGCAUCUGUUCCUUCUUACUGAUCUUUUCUGUCAUCAAAGAAAUUACAUUUUUCUUUGUCCGUUCUGCAAUCACAUCAUCAAAAAAACCAAUAUUUUUAAAUCGAGGAUCCAAGUACGUGCUUAGACAAAAUGUGUUGCUGUUUCGUACCGUUCCGAGUCUUUCCUGCAAACCUGAUGAUAGUAAAUUUAUCACUUUUUUAACAGGUUGAGUAAACUCUUUUCUCGACAAUUUUUCUAACACAUUUGUCAGACCAUUAUACAUAGGUAUUACCAGAGCAGCCGUGCAAUACCUUUCGCCACUUAAAGUUUUUGAGGCAUUUUCGAAUGGUUUUAGGACUUGGCACAACUCUUUAAUUACCUUCCAUUCUGUGGCCGUAAUAGGUGGAAAUUCUUUAUCAAUUAUAGCUACAGUGGAUUUUACUGCUUCUUCUAAUUCGAUAAAUCUUUGCAGCAUAUAAAAUGUGGAAUUCCACCUGGUCGGAACUUCCAUUAUAAGUUUCAGAGGGCCUUUCCCUAAAUUUUCCUGGUAUGUCCUCAGCUUCCCAUUAGCAAUAUUGCUUUUUCUGAAAUGCCUAACAAUUACUUUUACUUUUUCUAUUAGAGAUCCUAUUUCUUGGAUUGCUAAUGAAUCUUUAACGAUUAAAUUGAGUGUGUGUGCAAUACAACCAAAGCUUUUCCAACCAAUAUCAUUAAUUGCUUUCUGAACAUUCCUCGCAUUGUCGCUGACAGCAAAUAUUAUUUUAUCUGUAAUGUUCCAAUUUGUAACCACUCGUUGUAAUUCUGCAGCUAAAUUUUCUGAUGUGUGUCGAAUAUCAGAAGAUGAGCAUUCCAGUAAUAAUGAAUGUAACUCGAAAUCUUCAUCCAAAAAAUGGGCAGUAAUAGCAACAAAAUUAACUGUAUUUAUUGAUGACCAUGAAUCUGUUGUGAUACAAAAUGUUUUCCCUGUUUGUAUUAGUUCUUUAGUAUUCGUCAAGCAUUCUUCAUACAUUGCUGGUAACUACGUUUUUGACACAACGUCUCUACUAGGCAACUGAUAACUCGGAUUUAAUGCAGCAAUAAAUUCUCUAAACCCAGGGUCUUCGACAAUGCUAAAUGGCUGCAAGUCUUUAAUAAACAAAUUAAGUAAUUUCUGGUCUAUAAAUUCUUUUGAUCUGACUGAAAUUUUUCUGGGCAAAAAUGUUUCAACUGUUACCUGCCGCAACAUUCGUGGUGAUAAUACUGACUCGCUGUCAAUAUUUAAUUUUUGCUGCUUGGAAGUAGAUGGUUGUGAAUUAGAUAAAUCAGAUUGUUGUUCUUGUAACUCACCGGAAGUAGUUAUGGUAUCUGUUUCCAUUACUGUGGGUAUCUAUUGAAAUAAAAAUAUAAAACUAUAAUUAAUUGUACCAUAAUAUAUUCAUUAAAUUUAUCUUACCUUAGGUUUAUCCUCAAAAAGAUGCACAGUAGGAUGUUUGCUUUUUAAAUGUUUAUUAAGAUUCGUAGUACUUGUCCUAUAUGAAAACUUGCUUUUACACAUAUUGCAUUUUGUGUAUUCUGAGUCUAUUUGUUCAAAAAACCUCCACACCUGACUUGUUUUUGUUUUACCCUGUAUUUUAGGUGGCAUUAUGAAAUUUAAACAAGUGAUUUGAUUUCACUAAACACUAUCACUAGUACUUGAUGUAUACUGAACUAGAAAUACUAAAUCACAAUGUUCCUAUUAUUUUUUGAAUGUCCGCUGGUUGGUAAAAAAAUACGUGCGCUGCAAUCAUAACAUCCAGAUAAUAAAUAAAAAAUCGGCGUCGCUUACGCUUCAGGUCGCAGCAGGUCGCUACAAUCAUGUUAAAGAGAGAGGAGAGAUAAGGAGAUAGGAAUAUCGGGUAUCGGCAUCGGCCGCCAGCGGGCAGCAAGCGCCAAGCAGUAAGCGGAGUGCGGAGCGGAGUAUUCCGCCAGUGAAUCUUUUUUUUUUUUUUUUUAUAUCGAAACAGCCGCGCAGGCAGAAGCCUAAAUGCCGGAACACCGCGGCUGCUAUGAUGAUCCCAAAGAAAUUUUGUUAAUACGAUUUUUGAACUGCCUAAGGUUAGUAGAACUGGGAAAAGCUUCCUCAAGUAGAUUGUUCCACAAUCUAGACACCCUCGGGACAAAGGAGCGGUCGUAUCGGCCAGUUCUGGAUGUACGAAUUUUGACACGGUUAGGAUGGGACGCCGAAGUUAGGCGGGUCUGUCUGGCAGGCACAUCACGCGGCGGCAUCAUGGAAGAGAGCUCUGAGGAGCAAAGCCCGUUGGUGUAGCGAUAGAAAAGAGCUAGAUCGCCGACGGCCCGCCGGUGCGAAAGAGUCCCGAGACUGUCUGUUAGAGAAGAGUCAUCGAUCAGUCGGACCGCCCUCCUCUGGACAGCAUCGAGCAUGGACAAUGUAGUCGGGGCGGCAGCACCCCAAAUGUGUGAGCAAUACUCGAGGCUAGGCCUUAUCUGGGCCUUGUAUAGAGUGAGAAGGUCAUGCGGAGAAAAGUACUUCUUAGCCCUAAACAAAUAGCCUAGCUUUUUCCCAGCAGCUGCAGCUAUUGAAGAGAUGUGUUCGUGCCAGAUCAGGUCCUCGGUGAUCUGGACUCCGACCAGCCGAAAUGAAUGGCUCUUUGGUAGAACUCGACCGUCCAUCGAAACUGUAUGAGCGCUAGGACGCUUUUUGUUCGUCAAAGUACAGUACUGUGUUUUGGAAGCAAUGAACUGUACAAGAUUGUUGCGUCCCCAAGCAGUGAUAGCGUCCAGGUCUCUUGUCAGAGAAGAAGUCGUCGCUAGUCUUCUUUUUUCCAGCUCAGCGGCAGAGAUCGGCUUGUCACUCUGAAUUCCUGCAUGUAGAGUGCUGUCAUCAGCGAAGCUGUGGAUUGGGUUGAUCGUGCAGGAAAGGAGGUCGUUGAUAUGUAAGAGAAACAGUGUUGGAGCCAAGACCGAUCCCUGGGGAACACCCGCGUUGACGUUGUGGGAUGAAGAGGAGAAUCCGUCAAUUACGACGGAUAUCUUGCGGCCAGAGAUAAAGUCAGCCACCCAUCUGCAAAGCUUUUCUGGGAGGCCGUAGGAUGGAAGUUUGUUUAAGAGGGCAGCGUGCCACAGCUGAUCGAACGCUUUCGUGAUGUCAAGAGCAACGACAUGAGCCUCACCAUGAGACUGGAUGAGUUUACUCCACAGUUGCGGGACGUAAGCUAGGAGGUCCCCUGUGGAUCGUUGGUGCCGGAAACCGUACUGCCUGUCGCUAAUCAAGCUGUGACGUUCGAGGUAGUCCAGAAGCUCGCGAUUUAUGCACCUCUCCAUCACUUUACUUAUAACAGAAAGCAGAGCUAUAGGCCUGUAGUUGUAAGGGUCGGUUUUAGAUCCUUUUUUUGGGAUGGGCUGUACAUGAGCAAAUUUCCAGUUUUCUGGGAAGGUGCCGGAUUCAUAAGAUAUCUGGAAGAGACGCGAAAGAACUGGAGCAAGCUCCGCUGCACAUCUCUUCAGUACAAUGGCAGGAAUCAAGUCCGGACCAGAAGCUUUGUUGAUGUCGAGCGACAAGAGCACUCGUCUUACGGUCUUAUGCCUGAAUGUUACCUCCCGCAUAGUGUGGGGAACCCUUUGAAUUGACGGCACUUGGGCGUUGGUGGGGACGUCCAUGGUGGAGUUGGCAGCAAAGAUCUUGGCUAGCACUUCCGCCUUGGCCUUUGAGUCGGAUACAAUAGUUCCAUCCUGACACGUAAGUGGUGGAAGGCUACUGUGUGAGAAGUUCUUUUCAAUCUGCUUGGCCAGCGUCCAGAAAGACCGACUGCCAUUGCGCUGCGACAUUACCCUGUGCCAAAUCUUUAUACCAUGCUGGUUUUUGGCAUUGCGAACCGCUUCGUUAUAUUUGUUUCUGGACUCGACGUCGGCUUGUCUGUUCUCUACAGUGGGGUUUUGUAAGUAGGUUCUGUGGGCCUUGAUCUUCUGCUGGCGAGCAGUGUCACACGAUUUGUUGAACCAGCCGUUGGACCCUGGUUUAGGAACUUUCACUGUGUGAGGGAUGUAUUCCUCCAUUCCGACGUGGAUAAUUUCGGUUAUUGAAGAACAGACAGUCGACGCAUCCGCGUCAGUGAAACAGACAUCUCUCCAAGGAAAGCUAGAGAAGAAGUCUCUGAGCCCCUCCCAGUCGGCAUGUCCGUAAUGCCAAGUUUUGCGGCCUGUGCGAGUUUCUGCUGCCACAGCGGCUUCUGACCGAAACCUAACCUCCACAACACCGUGGUCUGAGUUACCCAGGGGGGACAGGACAGCAGUGCUGUAAGGGGCAAGACGCGUGGUCAGAAAGAGAUCCAGCAGGCUACUGGCGUGUGACGAGACGCGGGGAAAAAAAGUAGGGCUCGUCACCAGCUGGGUCAGCCCUUGAGUAAGAGCGAACGCUUCGACUGCACGACCUGCUGCAUCGGUCUUAUUUGAGCCCAACCAAAGCUCAUUAUGGGCAUUGAAAUCACCGAGAAGAACUACCUCUGAAGCGGGUUCAUUGAACUGAACGCCAGCCUACUGCUAUUCGCUUUACUUAGUAGACCGAUAUGGGAAUGUCGUGAUUUGAAUCGCAGUUUCGUGCAUCAUGGAGUAGCAGUAGCAACUUAUGAUUGACUGAUAUCUGUGAUUGAGUAACAGUCCGUGAUUUUGCUCCCAUCAGUAGUCACUAUGUAGAAUGACAUUGACUAUCUAAAAAAAAAAAAAUUGAAAUUUGUAGUAACGGAAACUAAAAGAUCUCACAGGUCGUAAAUUUUUCCGAUUUUUUAAAAACGUGUAAUUUGAAAUGUUGACUUAGAUUUUUUUUAUAUUUUUGUGAUAACUAUUAUGACUUGGCUUAUCCCCCGUUUUCGGCUUGACGUCGAACUAUGGGACACCCUGUAUGAUGGGAUUUAGAAGUCUCCAAGUCUUGCCUAGUUUCCAGCAGUCAUUUCAGGCAACUUCCCUUGCUCAAGGUAGCCUGAAGCCUGUAAUAUAAUUUUGCCUACCAUUUAAGUCCAGUGUACUAAACUUUUUUUAUUAGUUCGUUAUUUAUUACUUUUUAUACUUGCAGUUUCUAAUUUAUUAUAAGGCCUCUGAACUAAGUGUGAUGGCCAUAACAUACGCUUCAUGAACAACUAACCAAAUAUACACAUUCCGUUGAAUGUGCUUCAAAAACAAGAUAUUAGCUUGCAUUUCUUUUUUACUUUCUUUCUAUUAUCCUUUUAUUGAAAUUUAGGCUGUGCUAUUUAUGACAUCUUUGCAGGCUAUACAUUACUUGAGAUGCGAUCUCUUGGAGCCAGAAAUGCUACAAUUGAAAAAGUUUAACAUAUUACGUUUUAAGAAUCUCCUGUUCUAAGCAGACAAAGGUCCAUGUGAUUAUUAUCAGAAAGUGUAAUUAUUACUUUCAAAAUGAAGGUUUAUGUCAAUAAAUAAUCUGUUUUAUAGCAUUGCACAACCAUAGUAUGAAAAAUAGAAGGACAUAUACGUUUUUAGUAAACAGAGCCGCAGAAUAGGUCAGAAUAAUUUUAAAUGAUAAUUAUGGGUUGUCCACUUUUGUACAAAGUAUCUAAAAAACUAUCAAAACAACAAUAAUCUCACGACUUGAAAGUUGCGCUUACCUAAAAGAUUGACUUCCCAAUCAAAUGUGUUUACACUAUAUGGUUUGUUUACUUUUCACAUUUUAUUGAGCAAAAUGAAUAAAAAAGUAUAUUCGGUGCUUGAAAAAUGCUUCUGGUUCGUCGGGAGAUUUUCAUUUGUAACCUUUGCCGUGCUAUUGUCUGUCCUUUGUUUUGAAUAUCAAUGAGAAAUAUUUGUCUUUUGAAUUGCUGAUAUGUCGAUUAUAAUGUAUUCGUCCAAAAUUUGUUAAAUACUAAUUUUCAGUGGUUGUUUUUAAUAGGGCCGUCCAACUAUCCUAUUUUCCACAAACAUCAUUUUAUUAUCAAUUUUAUGUUGAUAGUUUUUUGGGUAUUUUCUGCGAUUAAUCUUGAAUGAUAUGGUAAAAAAAAAAUCUAAUUGAAUCUAUGGUUUGAUGUUUUAAAAUGAUAUUAUGUACGUUGUUAUUCACAGAACUGUUUUCUUUUUUAUAUAGUACGUUCCUGUUUAUAAUAAAAUGGAAUUUCAAAUAGUUGUGAUUUAUACUACAUAUAUACGAAUAAGCACUGUUAUACAAGACUCUGAAAUGGGUGUCUGAAGUAAAACUUCACGAGAUGAAAAUUAUUUUAGUCAGUAUAUUGAAUUAUUAAAGAUCGAAUGAGGUAAAGACAUAAAAUGCCACCUAUUUUGGAGUAUUACCUAAUAUAUAUUGCAGUUCUUGAAAUUCCAUUGUUU